AUGGUCCAUCAAACUCGCACCGCCAGCAAGGCCAUCCCAGCCAAGCAUUUGAGCCCCAUGCGCAGCACGGAUAUGCAGCUCGGCAAAUAUGCCGUCUCUACAAGUCCGGCCGAUAGUUUUUUGCGCAACACGAGGCUCAAUGUGAAUGCAGCCAGAACCGGCAACGGUUCCGGAAACAGUCCAGCCAAUUCCGGUGCCUAUAAAUACAACAAUAUGGUCAAUAACAAUCGGGAGCAGUUCAAUGCCCUGCACUUCUGCUAAGCCUCAUGAUGUACAUGAUGAUGAUGAUGAUGAUGAUGUUUUUAAUAAAUAUAUAAUUUCACAUAUAUAUAUAUAUAUAUAU